AUGAUCCAUUGUCAUUUCUAUAAUUCGAUCGGGACUGUCUCCACUUGCUAUUUACCUAUUCCAGAACUGUCCUGUAGAGGCGUCUUCAAGCUGUCAUCCCUCGUAGAGCCUUUCGUCCUCCCCUUUCUCCUUGCACGUUCACUCACGGUGUCGUUCUUCAACCCUUUCAGGCGGGCUCAGGCCGAGAAUGACGCCGGGCAGAUCACAGUGCAGGUGAAAUGGGGACGAGAUAGAUACAACAUUCCCAUCCCUCAGCCUUCUCUUACGCCUUUGUCUAAGCUUCUCGCCACGCUCUCUACCCAGACAUCGAUACCGAUAGAUUCGAUCAAGUUGAUAUACAAGGGAGCUGUGCUCAAAGAUCAAUCUUUGACCAUCGCUUCCUACGGCAUUAAGGAUGGAUCGACGCUCGUCCUAGUCGGUAAGGACGGUUCAGCUCCCGGUUUGGAGCCGCCUAAACCUACGACGAAUGCUACUGGACCUAUCCGAGGCAAAGUGAAGCAACCAGAGACGACAACAGAAUCAGUCCUGACGGAGUGGAUAAGCAAUCUCGUCAAGUCGACUCUGGAACCUCUCCAGCCAUUCAUCAUCACGUUCAUAUCGUACACGUCUCCAAACGCUACCAAUCGUCCUAGUCAGAUCCCGAAAUUCGAAGUCUUGCAGAAGGAGCAUGCUAGACUGUCAGAGAUUUUAUUGAGAGGACUGCUGGAUCUGGACGGGGUGGAGAUCCCAAGUGGGUGGACAGAGGCCAGAAAGGAGAGAAAGGAAGGCGUCAAAAAAGUUCAAGCGGAACUAAACAAGGUGGACGAAGCCUGGGGAGAGAGGAAAAAGCUGGGUCACUAGAUUGGCCAGAGCAUCUCAUGUAGUGUCCUCAACGCCUAUCAUGGUAUGUGCAUGAGGGUAUAUCUAUGAUGAAAGGUAUACAAAUGCGUCACAGAGAAUCGUCGUGUCAAGAAGAAUGAUAAAAUGCUCAGUACCUGUGGAUACCCAAGAUCAAGCCCUUGAUGUCAGAUCAGCGAUUCUUGCGGGCACAGCGAUGCUCCAAUGACGGCAAAGUCACUCACAUCUUGUAAACCAUCUUGCCCUUUGACUCCUGAUCGCCGUCCACUUCAUACUCUAUCUCAAUGUCCAAAUCUCGGUUAUUCCUGGCAUUGGGAGCACAUGAUAAUGUGCCUCGGAUCAGGUCGUUCUCCUGUAGCACGUUUGAGCAAGGUCCCAACGAUACAACCUCCGAACUCACGGAAACGGUCAAGGUAGUGGGGGUGUAGAAAACUGUCUGCUUCC